AUGUCUCUCGGCAAAACCAGCACCCUCAGCUCCGGCCACACCAUCCCAACUCUUGGGUUUGGCACCUGGCAGUCUGCCCCAGGUGAGGUCGGCAAUGCUGUCUACGAGGCUCUCAAGGCCGGGUACCGCCACCUUGAUCUCGCCAAGAUCUACCAGAACCAGCGCGAAGUCGCCCAGGGCAUCAAGAAGGCCUUUGCCGAAGUCCCUGGCCUGAAGCGGGAGGAUAUCUUCAUCACCUCCAAGCUUUGGAACAACAGCCACAAGCCUGAGCUCGUCGAGGCUGCCCUCGACGACACUCUGGCCGAGCUCGAGCUCGACUACCUCGACCUCUACCUGAUCCAUUGGCCCGUCGCAUUCAAGUCUGGCCCCGAGCUGAACCCUCGUGUCGCUGGCAAGGACAAGGAAGCCGAGAUCGACGACAACGUUGGCCUGGUCCGAACCUGGAAGGCUGUGACCCAACUUCCCAAGUCCAAGGCCCGAUCCGUCGGAGUUUCCAACUUCACAAUUGAGCAGCUCGAUGCCAUCAUUGCCGACUCCGGUGUUGUUCCCGCCGUCCACCAGAUCGAGCGACACCCCCGCUUCCAGCAGGAAGAACACGUCGAGUACGGCAAGAAGAAGAACAUCCACAUCACUGCCUACUCGGCCUUUGGAAAUAACGGCGUUGGCGAGCCCCUGCUCAUCACCCACCCCGACAUCGUCGCCACGGCCGAGCGCCUCUCCAAGAAGCUUGGCAAGACCGUCACUGGUGCCCAAGUCAUUCUCGCCUGGGCCCAGAUCGGUGGCAACAGCGUCAUCCCCAAGUCCGUCACCGCCUCGCGCAUCCAGUCCAACUUCCAGGAGAUUGAGCUCGAUGACGAGGCCAUCGCGGCUGUGAAGAAGGUUGGCGAGGACAAGAGACGCUUCAACAUCCCAUACACAUACACCAACCCCCAUUGGGACAUCAACAUUUACGGUGAGGAGGUCGAGAAGCCCGCCACCCACAAGCCCGUCAUUCGUGUAUAA